AUGCAGGCUCCUGCAGCACCUCAGCAGUUUAGGGGCCCCCAGGGCCAGAGGGGGCCCCCAGGGGGGGCCCCCAUGAGACCGCUGCAGCAGCAGCAGCCGCAGCAGCAGCAGCAGGGGGUACCGGGGAUGGGGGCCCCCCUCAACUCUCCGCAGCGGCAGGGGGGCCCCCCGCCAGGCGCAACAGCUCAACCCAUGCGUCCUAUGGGGCCCCCAGGCAGCCAGCAGCAGCAGCCGCAGCAGCAGCAGCCGCAGCAGCAGCAGCAGCAACCUAGACAGGGGGGACCAGGCUACCCAGGCUACCCAGGAGGCCCAAUGGGGGCCGCCAGGGGGGGGGCCCCCAUGCCAGGGGCCCCCCAGAGGGGCCCCAUGCAGCAGGGGCCCCCAGGGGGCCCCAUGGGGGGCCCAGGCGGUAUGAGGCCUGGCGGAGUGAACCAGAUGCAGGGGGGCCCCCAGGGGGGCCCCCCAGGGGGCCCCAGGGGCCCCCCGGGUAUGCAGAUGCAGAUGCCCAUGGGGGGCCCCCCCGGGGGCCCCAUGCGGAGCCCUCAAGGAGCCCCCAUGGGGGGCCCCCCCGGGGGCCCCAUGGGGGGGCCCCCAGGGGGCCCCAUGGGGGGCCCCAUGGGGGGCCCCAUGGGCCAGCCAGGGAAUGCUGGAGGAGGCGGUGGUACUGGGGGGCCCCCUGAUAGCAGGGGCCCCCAUAUGAUGCAGCCAGGGGGCCCCCCUGGUGCAGGGUACGGAGGAGGCUGGGGGGCCCCCCCCCCCUCGAAGGGGGAGGCCCCUAUGAAGCCGCAGCAGCUGCAGCAGCUGCAGCAGCAGCAACUGCAGCAGCUGCAGCAGCAGCAGCUGCAGCAGCUGCAGCAGCAACAGAGGCAGCAGUCGCCGCCCAAGGCCACGAGGGUACCCAUGGCCCCCUGA